AUGGCAGAUGCCCUCAGUAUUGUGGGUGCUAUUGCAUCAACAAUCCAACUGGUAGAUUUCACAGUCAAAAUUUUCGACCGUCUCAAUCACUACCUCCACCUCGUUGACGAAGUACCGGAAUCCCUUCGGGGUAUCAGGCUGCAUUUGCCACUCUUCAUCGAGGCAUUGCGACGCACACAGUCUCACAUUGAUCACGGCCACUACAACCCAAUGACUUCAGAUGUGCUGAAGUCCUUCGUUGACGAAUGCAAGUCACAAAUGAUCUUGCUCGAGGAUAUCCUCGUGAAGGUGACACCCGCUCAUGACGAUUCCAAGAUCAUAAGAAGUCGCAAAGCGGUUUGCAGUCUGAAGCAUGAAAAGGCCCUGAAGAAAAUUCACUUAAAUCUCUCAGGAUACAUAGAGAAGCUGUUGUUGUUUCAAAGCACAGUUUCUUCUGACUAUAUCAUGGUCAUGAUGAAGCCCAUGCUGAGUCAAAACUUUGUUCUUUCGAAGAGUUCGACCACAACCACGACCAGGGCAACAGGCGGGCUUGUAGCUGACAGCAAAAACAUAUGGGCUACAAACCCGGUGCCCCAGAAGACUUCAAAAGGUCUUGCAAACUAUUACAAGAACAAGAAGCAAUACCGAUUCUCACAUUUUAUGGGAUUCUAUUGGCUCGGUAUGCCCUGGGCCGUCCAAGCGAACUUGGACGCUUCAUGGGGAAGUUAUUGCUUCUCAAUUACUCCAAAUCUGCGGAUGCAACAGCUGGUCAAGCAUACCUCACCGGCAUUUGAAGUUUUCUGGAAGUGCCAAACAGACCGUCAAGAUAUCCAGUCAGCCCGUGAAGCCCUAUUCGAAUUGUUCAGCACCGGAACAGUCUCUCCACAAGAUGUUGACCCCGACGGGAAGACUUGGCUGGAGAUCCUUUAUGCCCGCGUCCUUGAAGUUGCCGUUCGCGGAACCGUUGUUUGGCUUUCCCGGAGCAUACACUGA